AUGCCGAUCGAUUGGACCAAAAUUGAACAUCCGAUUCACGAGUUCAGACCUUUCGCUAGUCGUCGCUCUACUGUCUAUGGCACCAAGGGAAUGGUCGCAUGCUCACAGCCUCUAGCUGCUGAAGCAGGCCUUGAAAUCUUGAGGAGGGGUGGUAACGCCGCGGACGCCGCAGUAGCUAUAUCUGCGGCACUUAACGUUACGGAGCCAUCUAGCUGCGGUAUUGGCGGGGAUGCCUUUUGUUUGUACUACGAUGCAUCCUCUCAGGAAGUUUGUGGUCUAAACGGGUCCGGGCGUGCACCGAAAAAAAUCAGCAUUGAUAUUGUUAGAGACUCGGGAGUACAUGGGAGCAAUAUUCCUGCUACAAGUAUGCAUAGCGUCACGGUUCCGGGUGCAGCCGCUGCUUGGGUAGAUGUUGUGGAGUCUUUUGGUAGUGGGGUUGUCUCCUUUGCGGACAUCAUGACACCCGCAAUCCUGUUGGCAGAAGAGGGAGUCCCUGUUUCAGAGCUUCACAGUCAUGCAUGGCAAAGAGCAGAGGAGCUUAUAAAAAAUGCUUCACCAAAUUAUAGGGCGAUGCUUUUGAAUGGGAAGGCUCCACAACCUGGUGAGAUAAUGACUUUUCCGGAUCUUGCCCGAACAUUUCAGGCUCUGGUUCAUCGGGGUAAAGAUGGUUUUUAUUCUGGCUAUGUUGCACAAGCAAUUGUGGACCUAGUUUCAAAAGGUGGUGGGGUUAUGGAGUUGUCUGAUUUAGCAGACCAUUCUUCCACUCUGGUUCAGCCAGUUUCAUAUACAUAUCAGGGGGACAUUACUCUCUAUGAAUGUCCCCCAAAUGGGCAGGGUUUGACUGCUCUAAUGACUCUUGGCAUCCUUGAAGCACUGGAAAAUUUGGGAAGGAUUGCCCCUAUACUUAGCAUGGAACACAACUCUGCAGAAUAUGCUCAUGCUAUAAUUGAGGCUUUGCGCCUCUCCUUUGCAGACACACAGUUUUAUGUCACUGACCCUGAAUUAGUGAACAUUCCAGUUGACCAGUUGCUAAGCCAGGACUAUCUCCAUAGAAGGGCAGAGUUAUUUGAUCCUCACCAAGCUUCACAAAAGAUUCAGCAUGGGUAUCCCCUUCAUACAUCAGACACAGUGCAAUUCUCUGUGACUGAUAAAUGGGGGAAUGGGUGUAGUUUUGUUCAGAGUAAUUAUGCAGGCUUUGGAACUGGAGCAAUUCCUGAAGGUUGUGGCUUUACAUUACAGAACAGGGGUUCAGGUUUCAAUUUGACUCCUGGACAUCCUAACCAAUUGAUGGGGGGAAAGAGGCCUUAUCACACCAUCAUGCCAGCCAUUGCCACACAUGGAAAGGACCUGUUUCUUGUAUAUGGUGUCAUGGGAGGAUUCAUGCAGCCUCAAGGGCAUGUUCAAGUCCUCCUGAAUAUCCUACGAGGAUAUACACCUCAAGCAGCUCUUGAUGCUCCCAGGUUCUGCAUAUUGCCCCCACUUCCAGAUUCUGAACCACCCACAAGUCAGACUGGAGAGAUUAAUGCAACUAUUUUUGUUGACUCAGACUUCAGUGAUUCCACCAUCAUAUCAUUGCAAAAACUGGGCCAUAACAUUCAAAAAGUUUGGAGAUUUGGACACAGCACCCUUGGCCGGGGCCAAAUCAUUCAAAGCAUACAAAAGAAUCCUCAAAUUUGGGCUGCAGGUUCAGAUCCAAGAUCUGAUGGACAUGCAAUUGCUCAAAUUUAAAGUCAAAUUGAUGCAGCCAUUAAAAAUUUAUAUAAGCUGGACAAAGCCAGGGGGAGAGUUUAAAAGCAUUCUACCAAUCCUGGGUGGAAUAGGAUGGCUAUUUGAAAGUUUGUGAUUUGGAAGUUGUGCUUCAAAGUUUGUGCUGUCAUUUUGCCAAUGGUUGUGAUUCAAUUUGGAUUGGGAACUAAUGGAAAGGAGAGAAAAAUGUUGUAGUUAUUUCUCUUAUUUUCUAUUCAAUCUAUGCUCCAUAUAGCAUCAUGUGACUCCAGAGUUG